AUGCUCCUGCCCAUCUUAGGCCUCGCGUUCUUCGCUCUGCAGCUCGACUGUGGAAACAUCAGCACGGUGUUGACCUCGACAAUCACCUCAGACCUCACCAUCACCCCCAACCAGAUCAACCUGCUCGCCUGGGGCUUCGUGGCCACCUUCCAGGCGUUGAUGCCGAACUACGCCUCGUUCCUCGCCACGCGACUACUCCUUAGCCUGCUAGAGGGCGGAUACAUCCUCGGGGCUUUGUUCUACCUGUCGACCUGGUACAAGAAGAAAGAGCUGAGUUCCCGGGUCACCUUGUUUUUCUUUGGCCAGAAGUUCUCCGCCGCCACCUCGAAUCUGAUCUCCGCCGGGCUGUUGAAAAUUGAUCACUCGCGCAGUACCUGGAACCUCAUCGGCUACAUCUGCCUCCGCGAGAUGCCCACCACCGCGAGCGGGCAGCAUAAGGACGGGACCCCCGUCGCGGCGAGCGUGGGGUAUGCGGCCAUGCACAUCGUAAACGUCGCCUGGCUAGCAGUGAACUGCACCAUGCCCCAGGAAAGAAGCGUGGCUCUUGCACUCAUCAUUAUGGCCGCCAAUCUAUCCGGAUUCAGCGGGGGCCAGAUCUUCCGGACGGGCGAUGCCCCGCUCUACCGGCAUGGGCUGACGGCGUUGUCUACGCUGGCGGGCGCGGCGUGGGUGCAGGCGGUGGGUUGUUGA